AGUCUACUCACACGGAACAGUUUUGAUUUCAUCCAAAAAUGUCAACAGCUCAAAAUUCUGAGGAAACUCCUGAUGUUUCACAAGAAAACAAAGAUGAGAGUCAAGGAGCGAGUGGAGAUUCUAGUAUUCCAACAAGCCCCACGCAUGUCAAAUCUAAAGUUGAUGUUCUCCUCAAACCAGCUGGUGAUGCUCCUAUCAUGAAGAAGAAAAAAUGGGCAGUAGAGAGAAAUAAGAAAAUUGUCUAUAUAUCUGACUUUAUCAAGAAAUUCAUUAAAAUGAGUGCAAAUGAAUCACUUUUUCUGUAUGUAAACCAGUCAUUUUCACCAUCACCAGAUACUGAAGUUGGAUGUGUUUUUGAUUGUUUUGGUAGUGACGGCAAACUAGUUUUACAUUACUGCCGCACACAGGCUUGGGGAUGACAAGGGAUGUUACAAAUGAUUGACUUUAUACUUUUUAACUUAAAUUAAAUUAUAUAAAACACUGGAAUAUAUGCCAUACAGUGUUAUCAAGGGAUCUUAGAUUGCAUAGGCCACCCUGGCACUAACCUGACAUAAGGGUAUCACUGGAACUUCUUAUGCCUAUUAUGGUUGUUUUUAUAAGGAACGUUCAAUUUAUUUAUUGUUAUUGCGGUAUAUUUUGUGUCCAAAAUAUAACCUUAAAAGUAAGCAUAAUAAAGGUGAUUUUUAACCUAUAUUUGCUCUACGUCCUGCCAGUCUGUCCAUCAGUCCAUUGCUCUUCUUGAAACUACAAGAGGGAAUUUAAUGAAAAUUGAGGUGUUUAAUGCAUGGCAGUGGGUGGAAGUUCGUAGUGAAAUAACCAUUACCGUACGCUUCUCAAAGUGUCUCCCUUUCUGUACUUAAUGUUGUUCUGACAACAGCUUUGACACAGUUGAAAGUGAAUAUAAGAAAUGUGUUAAUAUUUAAACUUGGGACUAUUUGGAAAGAAUAUAAUAUCGAUCAUCAACUAUCCUGAAUAGCUCUUGCAAUAAUAUAUUCAAGGGUAUUCAUAGAAAAUUUAGAUAGUCAUUCAUUUCCAGUUAAUUUUGUCUAUUAUAUGUAAUUCACAACAUUUUUUUGUCUGUCCCGACAAUUUUACAACUGCUGAUACAUUGAUAGAUGACACAAAGUAAUAUCAACUUUGUUAAUUACUGAUUUAUCUCCCUUCCACUCUAAGAAGAAAGUGACUGGGGAUACUGCUGAUACUAUACUUUUGAAAUGAGACUGAUGAAAUGUUGAACUAAAUACAGACUCCUUAAAGAAAGAAGAGCCUUAGUGAAUUAGUAAUUAGCCUACUCAGUGUAUUAUACAAUGUUUGAAUGUGUUAACUACAUGGAUUUUAUUUGUUGUGUAUUGGUUGAGAGGUUGAAAUCUGAUCUUGUAUUUCAUGUUGUCAGUGGUUUAUUGAAAUAAACAGGCAGAUUAUACUAAAAAAGUUCACUGUUUGAAACAGUACAAUAUUGAUUUUAUAAUUGUUACUAUUACAGAACUACAUUUGAAUGUUAAAAGAUAUUAAUUAAAAAGUAUACAUUAAUAACAUACAGAAGUACAUAAAAAUUUACAAAAAUUUUAACAUAUCCACUCAACUAUAUUAAUACAAAAAGUUUUUAGAAUCACCAAGAAUUUUUUUCAAAUACCAAUUUUAUGACAUCUUGAUUUUGUGUGUGAUAUUGCCUGGUGCAUGUGAGGUUGCAAGGAUGAAACUGGUAUGAUCAUUUAAAACCCUUAAAAAAGACAUGAAAUAAAAAGAAAACUUGUUUGUUUUACAUGAUUUAAGAUUGAAAUAUAUUUCUUUUGUGAACACUGAAUUUUAAAUGUUCACACGUGGUCUCACUCUGACAUUACUUCCUGAAAAUAUGCCAUCUAAUGUUCACUCAGCGAAAGAUAUUUCGAUUUUAUGCUGAAACAAACAAAGUAUCCUCUAUAUUUGACUGUGAUAUUGUAAAAGUAUGGUAUACAUGUGCUUGUAUUAUUUUGUUGUCUUGAUGAGUGACUUCAUUAUUGUAAAUUUGUAUUGUAUUUUUUUUGCUAUAAGUUGCUUCACAUAUUCCGUAACCACAUCUUCUGUAUUUAUCAUUACACAUAAGAGCAUGGAAAGAAAGUACCGAGUACAUGUAUAGUAGGGACUGUUUGAAUUUUUCAUGCUGUUUGAGAUAAUGAUUUUUCAAAUAUAAUUACACAGUGACUAUCUUUAUGCUUUUUCUAACUAAGUGUUGAUAAAAACUCUUUCAGAUAAAACAUUAUUUGUACAUUUUAAAUUGUAUCAAUAUAUGAUAUGUUUCUAUUAAUACAAGCAAAUUAAUUUGAAUGCCUUGAAAAUAUAAACAGAAGUGUUACUUCCAAAAUGUUCCCAGACUUGAGGAAAUUUACUCUUGAAAUUGCCCGUUAAAGUGUAUGUUUAUUUUUUAAUUGCUUAACUUCAUUUAUAUAAAAUGUUCAUGAAUUAAAGUUGUUUUUAUUUUCACUACAAUGACUGUAAGAAUAGUGUAUUGUGUAUAUUAUGGUGUAUAUAACGCAUAUAUUUUUGUCUAAACAUGGUCAGUACAUGUAACAAUUAAUUGCCAUACUGACUCAUGAGCAGAACCAAAGACAUUAAAUUUUGUUUCCUGUGCAAAAAAUUCUCUGCAAUGAACUUGAACUUGUAAUAAUUACAUUAUUAUACUUAAGUAAAACCAAGUUACAGUGAGUCAAACAACAAGGAGUAUAUCUGUCAACCUCUGUGAUAGCCGGUGCUAGGGGGCUCGGGCAGUGUUGCAUUUUCCAUUACUGCUCAUGAACAGACUCAAUCAAACCGAGUCUGCAAUUUUCACUUUUGCCUUGUUCUCGGUGCUUCCGAGGGAUCUACUUUUCAGGUUUUAUUUACUGCAAAUUGAUGGAUUUAAUAAUAACGAGUUGUUGCUAUAUUUGAACAUUUAUUGACUUCACUAAAAGGCAAUAAUGUGCAGUAACAAAAUAAGAGAAACUUUAUCCAGAUACUGUUAUUGGUUAAAUACACAGUUAUUUCCCUUUGACCAUGUAUGUUAUUAACACUUGGCUUACAACUUUAUUGUUUGUUUAUUAAUUAUUUUAGUUAGUCAGGGAUAUUUGUUUUGUUUUCUUAAAAUGUUGAUACAUGUUCUGCUGGCAAAUAUAGUAAUUAAGUCAAGACAAAAAAAAACAGUGUGACCUUUAACCCAUAUUGUGCUGGACGUGAUCGAUUCAGCUUUUGCGACCAGUGCAGACCAUGAUCAGCCUGCACACCCUGCUCUGUUCGUCAUUCAGUCAGUAUCUUUUUGGUAUGCACCCCUUUUAACAGAUAAUGGUACUGGCAAAAUUGAAAGAUGGACAAGUUUAUUAUAGAAAUUGAGCAGGGUAAGGGGUACCAUUCCUUUAUAUUCUGGUAACAAUGUUCCUUAUUAUCUAGAAGAUUUACUUUAAAAAGUAUUUAUAAAUUUAAUGGAUAAUUGGACUAUUUUAAGCUUAAUUAUUUGUUAAAAUAGAUAAUUUUAUAUACAGAGUAUUGUGUAAAGCUUUUAAUGAAUAAUGGUACUUUUGAAUACAUGAUAUCUUAAAAUUUGAAAUUCACAUUGUUCUUUAUUACACCUGCACUCAGUUUCUAGCUGGACUAAACAAGUACAGCCUCAGAAAUAAUCAGUACUAGUGUAUAACCACUUCAGUCAGUUUCUUCAGUUGUGUACAAUGGCUUGUGUUGGUAUGUAGAAACCAUUUUGGUAAAGAUUUCUUGGCUUCAUACACUUUUUAGUUCCACUAUUCGGAGAAUAGGGGGGCUAUUCUACUCGCCCUGGCUUCGGCGUCGGCGUAAGCUUUCUUGGUUAAAGUUUUUCGGCAACCUUUGUUUUCUUUUUACUAUUGCUUAUAUCUUACUGUAACUUCACAUAAACAUUGUCAAGCAUACAAACAAAGUAUGUACAGGGGCUGGGCCCAUUAUACUCGAGGUCAAGGCCACCAAGGUGUUAUACUUAGGUUAUUCUAGGAUGAAACUUCCAGCACAACAACAUACACAUUUUAAAUCAUUUAAUUGUUAUAGUUUUCCACAGGAUGUCAAAUAAAUAACUUUUAUAACAUUUUUAGCUCGACUAUUCGAAGAAUAAGUAGAGCUAUCCUACUCACCACGGCGUCGGCGUCGGCGUCGGCGUCACACCUUGGUUAAGUUUUUCGUACCAGUCCACAUUUUGACAAAGUCUUUUGAGAUAAAGCUUUGAAACUUUCAACACUUGUUUACCAUCACCAUGGCCAGUUAUAGGCAAGAGUACAUAACUCCAUCAGGGAUUUUGGCUGAAUUAUGGCCCCUUUUGACUUAGAAAUCAUGGUUAAGUUUUUCGUACCAGUUCAUAUUUUGACAAAGUCUUUUGAGAUAAAGCUUUGAAACUUUCAACACUUGUU